CCAUCGACCUACAUCAACAUACUAAGUACACCACACACGACCUUUCGAAAAUCUAAAGGCCUCAGACACUGCGCAAUUCCACUUUCAUCCACAGAAAACUCUGGACCUCGUAAGCACCAACUAGACGAAACUCUUCCCAGCGGCACGCAACCCUCGUCACCGCCAACAUGGUGCUCGAGGCUACUAUGAUCGUGGUGGACAACAGUGAGGCAAGCAGGAAUGGAGAUUAUCUACCGAGUCGAUUCGCAGCACAAACCGAAGCUGUAUCGCUCAUAUUCAAUGCAAAGACCUCAUCAAACCCGGAAUCCGCUGUCGGACUCAUGUCCAUGGCAGGAACCGGCCCUACAGUCCUCAACACUCCUACCACAAACUACGGCGCCAUCCUGGCAGGUCUACACGAGACGAAAAUAAAGGGACAUAUCCGGUUAGGCACGGCAAUCAGUGUGGCGAUGCUGGCACUCAAGCACAGAGCAAACAAGAGCCAACGGCAACGUAUCGUUGUUCUUACUUGCAGCGAACUGGACCAGAAGUUUGGAGAUAAGAACGAUACCGAGAAGGAGCUCGUCAAGCUGGCCAAAAAGUGCAAGAAGAACAACGUCUCGGUUGAUUUCGUUGCAUUUGGUGAUGCAAUUGAGUCGAGCACGAGAUCGAUAUUGGAGAAGUUCGUCGAAGCUGUUGGCGGCUCUUCCGGCGAAGGCAACUAUCUUGCCGUCGUCCCUCCUGGACCCAGCCUGCUCAGCGACAGCUUAAUCACCACACCGAUUGUCAAUGUGGGCGGAGACGUGGGCCAAGGAGGUGGUGGUAUGGAAGGCGUCGAGACAGGUGGCCCUGCCGCAGGUGGUUUCGAGUUCGGAGUCGAUCCAGCUGCAGACCCCGAGCUUGCGAUGGCUCUGCGCAUGAGUAUGGAGGAAGAACAAAAUCGACUGGAACGAGAGCGGAGAGCACGUGAGGAGCAGAAUGGUGACAGAAUGGAGACCAUAACAGAAGAGGGUCAGGGUCAGCAGUCGUCAAGUGGUGAAGGACCGGAUUCAAAACAGCCACGGGUGGAGGAAGACAAGCCGGAAUGAGCGGUCGUUAUUGUACUACUAUCGAGCUGUCCUCAUACAACGCUAUCAAUCAGGCAUGGCGUUCUAUGAGCAAAACACCCCGCCAAUAUAUUCUACAAGUCUGCAUGAGAUUUACGAAGUAAGACCCCCUACUGCUGAUAUUGACGCUUUCAAUAGAGCCUCUCUAAUGU